AUAUAUAUAUAUAUAUAUAUAUAUAUAUCCAGAAAAUUGCAUAGUACAAUGCACCAAAUGUAUCAAAACUACUUAGAUAGUUAUACUAACUAAAAUAGUAACUAACCAUUCAAACCCCCUACCCCCCGAGGGGGGAGGCGAGAGAGAAUUUUAUGGUAUAAUCCAAAACGGCACGAGACAGACCCCGGCUCGUAUCACAAAAAUCAAUUAACCAAGAUAGACUAGUCCAUGAAGAACCAACCCAUUAAUGAGUCAAAAGCCUUUCGUAGGGCGCUGACCACCGAACCAGUAAAGGCUCAUGGGCCAACAAAGCCACCAAAGGAAAUUAGUCCAAGAAAACAGCAGCAAAGCCCAGCUUCAUGCCCAUCCAGUCCAAGAUCCAUUGCAUAGCCCAGCAAGCCCACCUUUACCCGCACUUCGCAUGAGCAAGUUGAGUAUCAGCCGGCCUGUAGGCAGCAACGGGCCCAAACCUUGCACCAAUCCAGCCCAGCAGCCUAAGCGAACAACAGCAACCCUAAGCCAUUUAUCGCAAUUUCAAAAUGACCGUACAACUUCGGGUCAAACGGCAGACUGGCCAAUGAACGGUCAGCUAUCAGUCCAACCCACACCAGCUCCACCCCCAUCCACCCCACCCGGCACCGGUACCACCGGAUAGUCUGGCGGUCGGAGAAACAGAGCACAAAACCAAACCGAAGGUAACCCCUGCUGACCUGAAUGUCCACCUACCACCACCCACCCCCGUUGAGCUCCGGCGAUGCUUGACGGGAAAGAUGAAUGACGGCACAGUGGCGCAUCAACAGUAGCCGGAAAAACAUAGUAGCGACAAGCAGAUGCGUUUCCCGACACGCCGGUGAUCUUCUCCGGCGAAAAUAUGACCGCUUUCAAAUGAACUUUUCUCAAAACCAAAAAUCCGAACCGGCAGAACCCAAACUAGGUGGCAAAGAAAGCGCACCUCACCCUCUAUUCGUCCUCACCGACCAACACAUCCAACCCCCCACGAACUCCGGACGUCUUCUCCAACAGCACAACCCCACCAGAAAUUCAUGCCCGACAUAGCCUCCACCUUCCAUCACCAGAGCUGCCUCCGACGACCCAUCCAUGUCCUUACCUCCGGUCAGAAAUCCCUUGAACGUCACCAGACCUUCAUCUUCCCCAGUCUCAUCACUGUACAUGCCACCCCCACACGCAACGACCCCGGUCAGCCAGGUCAUCAGUGAUGGUCGGUACAUCCAGGACAUCAACCACAAGGUUCGAGCUGUUUGAGCACUAUCAGUGCCCCCAUCAACCUCCAGCAGUAGCUCCAUCAUAUCAUGGAAGAAACCAGUACAAGCUCCAACCUUCUCACAAUAACCCAAAAAACCCCAUCCCUGGACGAAACAUUUAACUCCUCCAGCCAAUCACCAUGACCCAGUACAAAACCUUCUAAGAUACCAUUGCACACCAGACCAAUCGCCUUCACCAUUUCGUCACCAAAUUAGUCCCCCACGGCCAUCACUCAACGUUGGCAAUGAAUCCAGCAAGUUCAAGCAUCAUUUCCAGUUCCAAACCAGAAGGCACAUCGGUAAAGAAGAAAAACAUUUCCAAAAGUCACCAUGAAAACUUCAAACAGUCAACCCAUAACCACCCACCAAAGUGGGAAGUUUGUUCCAAAAUUCAUAUCUGACCACCCCCGAGCCCACCGGAGUCAGGAGGGCUCCGGCGCCGGCCUCCACCGCAAGUGGUGGUGCCGAAAGUGUAGUAGAGCAACUAGAAAAUUCUACUGAGAGAAACAAUUCUAAACUCUCAUCCUACUUUAUAUGUUAACUUUGAGAGUUUUCUUUGGGGUUUAUUGCACUGACC